CGCGUUAUCCUAUGCUCAAUAUCAUUGACAUCCACUUUGGUCUAGUAUGGUUUAUUUAUUAUUGCUGUGAGCAGAGCAUAAACAAUCAACGCUAGCUUUCAAGUAAUACAUUACCACUAUGCUUGCUAACGGUAGCUAUUUAGCCAUUUGAGAUUCAAGCUCCAAGGUCGAUGCAAGGCAUUAGUGAAGGAGUAAUGUUUGUUAGUAGAUGGCUUGCUAUUUUCAAAGCCACCUUGGCCUUCUGAAGACUGCCUUUUAUAUUAAACAGGAUGAUAAAGGAGAAUGGUGACCUGUUUUCUGAUGCCCUGUGCAAAGUCUGCAGUGCUGUCCUGAAUUCUGACUCACAGAAACUUGCACAUUAUCAGAGCAAAAAGCAUGCCAACAAAGUCAGGCGCUACAUGAGCAUCCACAAAGAAGAGGAGCCCACCAUCAAAAGGUUCAAGUUGCCUUCGGGAGACAGCGCCAACAGUAAUGAAGAGACGGACCGCUCCAAAGCCUGUCUUAUAUGUAAUAUGACAUUUUCCUCUCCGGUGGUGGCUGAGUCCCACUACCAGGGCAAGGUGCACACCAAGAACCUGAGACUGAAGACUUUUGGCCACCAGCCCCCAGUAGCACUACCUCAGGCCUUGGCCCCAGUAGUGAAGAAGAAGAAGACUCAGUUAGAAGAGGCGAGCAACGUGGCAUCAUCAGGCCCGGCCGAGGACGACCAGGACCACUUCUGUUCCAUCUGCCACGCCUCAUUCAACAACCCCCUCAUGGCCAAGCAGCACUACGAAGGCAAGAAGCAUAAAAAACAGCUGACCCAGCAGAAGCUGAUGGAGACCUAUGGGCCGUCCACAGCACCAGCUUCUACAGUAAAGGGCUAUCCAUGCACUGUGUGCAACAUUGAACUCAACUCUGUGGAACAGUAUCAAGCUCAUAUCAGCGGCUCCAAACAUAAGAACCAUGUCAGAGGGAAGAAAGGGAGCAACCCAACAUUUGUCAGCCCCUCUGAAAACCAGCAGUCUGAGUACCAUUAUACGCCUGAAGCCGAACCUGUCCAGGAGGACUGGGGCGCUUUCAACCAGGACUACGAGUGAGAGACUCCCAGUACCCCCACCUCUCUCCAACUACCACAGUUCACCAGCUACUGGUGUCCCUCAGUUAGGGCCAGGAGGAUUUCCUGACCACACCACCUGACCAGGAAAAAUUCUUUGUUAUAGGCUACAACUAGGCCCCAGAGUUUUCCCUGUUCAUGUCACAUGGUCAUGUAA